CAGCCAGCGCUGUCUCUCUGUUGAAAGGGACAAGACUAGCGAUAUCGAUAUCACAAAAUGACACAAGCCACCACUCAAGUACAGGGCCUCCCCGAAUUCAGUCGCCACAUCACGACACACAACGCAGAUGGCAAGGCCAUAUUUCAAACCCCCGACCCCGACAACCCAUCAUCGGAGGCAGUCGCUGCUGCGCCAGCACCACCCAUUUCCACCAUCCCAACCUGGACGAACUUCCCUGGAGCCACGGGUGCAUUUGGCCUGGGCUACGCCACUCCGACUCUACAAGCGGAUUUCAACAAAGACGCCGAUCUGGCCAGUUACUACAAGUACCUACACGAACAUCCCCCCGUCGUGAUCCAGGGAGGCACGGUGUUCAGGGUGGUCGAUAUGGCGCCUGGGUCGUCGUCACCGAUGCACCGCACCAUAUCCCUGGACUAUGGCGUUGUGCUGGAAGGUGAAGUCGAGUUGGAACUCGAUUCGGGUGAGAGGCGCCGAAUGCCUCGUGGGGACAUUUUCGUGCAGCGGGGGACCGCGCACCGCUGGCACAAUGUGAGCGACCAACAACCGGCCCGGCUUUUGGCGGUCCAGCUGGAUAGUAAACCACUUCAAGUGGUGAUUGAGGGGACGGGGAAGGAGUUGGCGGAGGACUUUGAUGUGCCUGCUGCAUCAUCUGGAGGGUGA